AAUCAGGUCCAGUGAUUGGGGAGUUUGUGAGCCAGUUGAUGCCUCUGCUGUGCUGCUGCCUUCAACCAGACAGAGACAUAGAGAUGAGGAUGACCAUCUUCACAAUGCUUGCUAAGUUGCUACUAGAUGCAACAAACACACUGGAUUCCCAGGGGCAUUUCCGUGACGAGGCAGAGAAGUUCCUGUGUGACGUCUUGCUUCCUAACCUGGUGUGGCGGGCAGGCCGUUCUGCAGCUGCCGUCCGCACCUCUGCCCUCAGCUGUCUGCUGGCCCUGCUGCAUGGAGGGGCCAUCGCACCUGGACAGCUGCUGUGUCUGGAGGAGAAGGUGAGUCCCCAGGUGUUGUCGGCCCUGGAGGAGGACUCUCAGAUGGCCCGGCUGCUGGCCUGUCGCUCCCUUUCCACCAUACUCCGACUUAUAGGAGCCAGUCUGCACCCUGAGGCCCUCAACAAGAUCUACCCCGUGCUGCUGAAGCGUCUGGACGACAGCAGUGAGGAGGUGCGCAGCGUGGCCCUGCAGGCCCUCGGGCUGUGGCUCUCCAGCCUGACCAAAGACUACCCCCCCGAGCUCUAUGCUGCUCAUCUGCAGCUCCUCUUCCAGCAGCUCCUCCUGUACCUCGACGACCCCGACGACUCGGUGCAGGGCCAAGUGCUCGAGAUCCUGAAGAAAGGUAGCUCAGUCCAUCCGUCACUUCUGCAAAGGGAGGCGGAGGCGGUGAGAGACAAACAGCGGAGUCCUCUCUACUGCGACCAGCUGCUCCAGCACAUCAGCUCUCUGCCAGCAGGGGCAGGAGCAGAUUAAUGUGCCUUACUUCAAAAAAAAAUGUUCUCCUCACAUUUUGAACCAUUUAUGAACCUAUAACAACAUGCUGGAAAUAAUAUGAUGGUGCAUUUUUUUCUUAAAGACUUGAUACCCUUAACAUUACCUGAUGUGUAUUGGCCUUAAAUGUAUCAUUCCUCAUGGGGUGAGUAGGUGAUCUCUGGUUCCUCUUUUAAUUCAGAAUGUCUCCUUCUCAAUUUGUUAAAGAAGAGUUGUUUUGCUUUCAUUCUUCUUCUUCUUGAGUCUGUUCCUAUGUACAGUUUUAAGGAAGACAAACCCAGUGUGUUUAAAUGUGUUAUUAAUGUACUGAUGAGUCUUCUUUGUGCCUUCCUGAACCCAAACUCUCAGCAAGUUGUGAUUGUUGUCUUUAA